AUGGUGCACCUCUCAACCAACACUGCUAGCAAACUCUUGUCCAAGUUGGCCCAAGGGAACGGCCAUGGCGAGGAUUCGCCAUAUUUUGAUGGUUGGAAGGCUUAUGACAGUGACCCAUUUCAUCCAACAAUGAAUCCUCGUGGGGUUAUUCAAAUGGGUUUGGCUGAAAAUCAGCUUUCUUUUGAAUUCGUGGAGAAAUGGAUCAAAAACAAUCCAAAAGCUUCCAUUUGUAGCGUUGAAGGAGUUCAUGAGUUUAAAGACAUAGCCAACUUCCAGGAUUACCAUGGAUUGCCACGGUUUAGAAACGCUGUGGCGAAUUUCAUGGCCAAAGUGAGAGGCAAUCGAGUACAAUUCGAUCCAGACCGUGUUGUUAUGAGUGGUGGAGCUACUGGAGCUCAUGAAACGGUGGCGUUUUGUUUGGCUAAUCCUGGGGAAGCAUUUCUUGUUCCUAUUCCUUAUUAUCCAGGAUUUGAUAGAGAUCUGACGUGGCGAACCGGAGUCAAAAUUGUUCCAGUAAUUUGUGAAAGCUCAACCAACUUCAAACUGACAAGAGAAGCCAUGGAAACAGCUUACGUGGAAGCUGAAAAAUCUGGCUUAAAAGUCAAAGGCUUACUCAUAACCAAUCCUUCAAAUCCACUUGGCACAGUAUACGACAAAAAAACGCUCGAAACUGCUGUUACAUUCAUCAAUGAAAAGAACAUACAUUUAGUGUGCGAUGAAAUCUAUGCUGCCACUGUCUUUGCAGAGCCUGGCUUCAUUAGUAUCUCCGAAGUGAUUGAAAACGACACUGAAUGCGAUAAGAAUCUUAUCCAUGUCGUUUAUAGCCUCUCCAAGGAUAUGGGAUUCCCCGGAUUUCGUGUUGGCAUUAUCUACUCUUACAAUGAUGCUGUCGUGGCUUGCGCUCGUAAGAUGUCGAGCUUCGGCCUUGUCUCGUCGCAAACACAAUAUUUGAUUGCGUCGAUGUUGUCUGAUGAUGCGUUUGUCGAUCGUUUCCUUGUUGGGAGUGCUGAGAAGCUCGCUACGCGUCACCGUAACUUUACUAAAGAACUUGCUCAGGUUGGAAUUGGAUAUUUGAAAGGAAGUGGUGGGUUGUUCUUGUGGAUGGAUUUACGACAUCUUUUGAAAGAGAAGACAUUGGAAGCAGAAAUGACACUAUGGAGGGUGAUAAUCAACGACGUUAAACUCAACGUGUCGCCCGGUUCGUCGUUCCACUGCUCGGAACCGGGAUGGUUCAGGGUUUGCUUUGCAAACAUGGACGACAACACCAUGGACAUCUCCAUAACAAGAAUUAGAAACUUUGUGCUACAAAACAAGGAGGUAGCCAAGGUUAAGAAACAAAAAUUCUGUUGGCGCCAAAGCAGCCUCGAGCUUCGAUUGUCAUCUCGAAGGCUCGAAGAUAUCAUGUCGCCACACUCACCAUUGCCUCAGUCUCCAAUGCUCCGAGCAACGACUUAAACGAGACAUCGUUCAGUUAUAUCGUGACGGGUUCAUGAAAAUUGAAAGAAAAAGGAAGGAUUUUAACAAAAGUUUAACCGAGUCGUGGGAUGAUGAUCAAGUUCUUGGUUUGAUAAUUAGGGUUUGAAUAGUUUUUCAGUGUAAAAUGGGUUUCUGAUUCGCAAUAAGUUGUGGGUUUUGUGUUUUUGUGUUUUUUUUUUUCUCCUCCACUUUUUCACUCUUCAAAAAUGGAUUAGUGGAAAGUGAAGAGGAUUUGUUACAGCUGGUAAGAAGCAUUAU